UCGGUGCGUGACAGCAGACAUUUUGGUCAAAAUAGGAGAGUUGCAGCUAAGCGUCUCUUACCUUCAUCAUGUGGUAUGAAAUAUUGCCCGGAUUAAGUAUAAUGACGGCGUGUUUGAUCGUCCCCGGACUGGCCACUACAUACAUCCACAAAUUCACUAACGGUAGCAAGGAGAAACGAAUCGCAAGAGUUCCUUACCAUUGGUACUUGAUGGAGAGAGACAAGCGGGUCUCAGGCACUGGACUUUAUUACCAGUCAAAGGGACUUGAAAACAUUAAUUGAAGCUCUUGCUGUCCCCCUGCCCUGUGUUUCACAAUGUGCAUAUUGACCAUUUAUUAAAAUAAUGUAUAUAUGUUA